AUGUCGGAGUUCAGCUGUUUGGACGACGAAGCAGACCCGGCGGCGGCUGCCGCUCCAGAGGAACGAGCAGAUGAAGAGGAUAGAGAAAACGACGCAAAGCUGCUGCUUACUAUAACACAAACAAAGUACCGUUGCCGCCAUUCGGAAGCUCCUGAUGUGACUUCCCCGGCGCCGGCGGACAGCCCAACCCGUGCGGCCAGCCAAUCAGCCCAGGCGAGCCAGGGGGGUCCGGCGAGCAGCAGCCUGUGGAAGACUAUGUGCGAGAGUGCAAGUAGGCAGGCGUCGGCGAACAAAGAGGCGGUCCCGAGCAUUCCGUUGCAGCCGCACGUCGUGUCUAUCGCGGGGCGCGUAAGCGGAGACGUACUCGACGGUUUCCCGCUGUUCUCGAGCGGCCGCCUGGACAAGGGUUUCCCCUACGCGUUCAACGGGGCUUCCGGUCAUCCUGCCGAGUCCGUUCCGCAGCUCGGAGGCCCUCAACAGAGACUAGGGCGGUGCGUCCGCCAGUCACUGUUUGUGUUUGACCACGAAGACCACGUGACGGCGGAGGCGCUGUGGCGAGUCAUUGAGUUCUGUUCGCAGCAGCGUGCCGCGACGCUGAAGGCCGCCGCCGCGUCCCUCGCCGCAGGGCGGCGCCCGUUGCCGGACUCGCCGCACGCACAAAGUGAGGCCCACCCAGCGUCUCCUCUGCCUGCUGUGGGUGACCGCGACGGCGUGUCUGCGCAAAUCCCUUGGAGUCAGGAGGCUGCCUGGCCGUCCCGCGGGCCUUUCGCUGGCGCCGAGGAGUACGCGCACAGAGCGGGCAGUCGUGGCGACGGGUUCCAGAGGAGGGGCUACGAAGUCGCUGCUGACGUUUCGCGCGCGCCCUGGCAAGCGCCCUUGAACAGCCUGAGCGGAGGCUCGCCUCGGCCUGUGGGGUCGUCGGAUUUCGAGGGCUGGAUGAGCGCAGAGUCUUCGCUGAGUCGCCGCUCGCCUCUCUCCCAACCGUCUGUAUACGACGCGGCGUGGGCGCCGCCGCCCUGUGGCCUUCCAGUCUCCGUCGAGGCGCCGAGAGCUGCCCCGCUCUCGGCAGACGACCUCGCGCGCAUCUCCGCAGCUGCGGCCGCACUCGCAGCGCCCCUCCCCGCGGAGCAAGUCCUGGAGACGUACGCGAGUUGUCUUUUGCUCGCGCAGCCUCUCUCCAAGGUGGCGCAGCAGCAGGCCUCGCAGGGCGGCGCACGUGAGGGCGGAGAAAGGGCUCGGGCGGCGGCGGGGCUCGCAUGCAGCGGACUCAGCGCUGAGGCUGCAUGUGCAGCUCUCCGUGCGCUGAAGGAGGCAACUGGCGAGCGAGUCCUUCGAAAACUGGAUGAAGCGCUGCUUCCGGCGUGCUGCUGCGUCGCGUACCGAUACGACGAUCCUGUUCUCAUGACGAGUUGCUACUGGCUGCUCAAGCAGAUUCUGCUGGAGAGGGGCUUGCCGCCGGAGUGGCGAGAGCCUCCCGCGAGACCCGAUGCGCAACCCAUGGGGGGCGUCGGCGACUCGGGCUCCACGCUUCACGUGGACCGCUCUAGUCCCGAUUCCGCGGCCGCUCCCGCGACGCAUGAGCAGAACGGCGCAGCAUUGGCCGCUCCUGGUUCUACUGUCGAUCUCUCGUGGCUGCCGCCCUCCGUCUUCCAGAAGUGCGCUGGCAAGAAGCUCUGCUACAGCGUCGCUCGCGCCGUCUUGACGCACCUCUCCUACACGGUGCCUCUCCACAGUUUCUGGAGCGUGGUGGCUGACGAGGCGUUCAUCAAAAGCAAGUUUCUCGAAGAGCCCAAGGGGUAUUUGCACUGUCAGUUUCGGCGAGUGCGGAGUGUCACCGCGUCGACGUAUCCGCACGCGUACCUGCUCCUGGUGGACACAGCCUUCUGCAGGCAGCUGGGUCUGAGUGAGCGCGUCGUCUGCCACCAGGAGUCGCAGAAGCAGGUGUUGCUCUUGUCUGGCCGGCGGCAGUCCGAACACUCCCCCGUGGACUUCUUCGUUCCCUUUCCUGCCCUCGUCGGGGCUGCGGAGCCGUUCCUGCGAGAGGACCUGGAGGCCAGCGCGCGCGGUUCGCCCGUGAAAGGCCGCGGCGCAGCUGCAAAUCCUGUGGCGCUGGCCGCCAGUCAGAAGCUGCUGGCUGUCGUGAGCGCGGCUCGCGUGCACGGAGAGGACUACCUUGGAACACUCCAAGGCAGCUUCUGGGGAACCAAGUUCUCUGUGACCGACUGGGGCCUGCCGCAGCCCUACAACCACCAGCUGGGCGCCUCUGCGGUGGCACAGGCCGAGAAACACGUUUACGCGCGACUCUUCCGCGUGUAUGCGGGAGGGCGCGAGUCGGCGCCCGCGGCGAACGGGGCUCUGCACGCGGCCCGCGGCGACCCGACGCAGAGCCCCCUGCGCUGUCCAGACGCGUUCAGACGCAGCGCCUCUCACGCGUCCGGGGCCUCGAGCGAGAGGCACAGGCGCCCGUGGGAGAGCCGAGACCCCGCGGCAGACAGGCCGCAAGCUACCGGUGGAAGCGCGAAACUCAAACCUGUCAAGUACUGGGAACUGCCCUACGAAGAGACGGCCUGCGGCGCGCAGCUGGAUGCCGAGGUUGCGUCGCGAAAGCACCCCGCGCAGCCGAAGCAGAUGCACUGGGCCAAGGACUGUGUGUUCUUCGCAAGUUGUCAGCGCAGCCCGACUGGGGUGGAAGCUGCGGAGGGCGAAGUCGUUGAAGUGGUGUCUGCGCAGGGAAACCCGGCUGCGAGCCGCGAAGCAUCUGCGACGCACACGCGGAACGGCGGAGACAAGGACACCAGGGUAGACGGCGCCGAGCCAAUCAGCCUCUUGCCGCACAGUCAAGAAAAGGAACUCUGCAGCAUUCAGUUCGAACGCAAUCUGCGCGGAGACAUGCCCCGUCAAAUGAAGGUUCGCCUGAACAGACAAGAUGGUGCCUACACACUGGAGACCGUCAAGGCAAAGUGGGACGAAUCACUGCAGGCCUACUCACUACCUUUCUUUGGCAGAGCUAAGGUCGCAUCCGCCAAAAACCUGCAAUUAAUCCCGUGUUCGGGUACGCGUAAGCGAUCCAGCGGCAUGCGGCACGCUGGAGGGCAAGAUGGUUACUCUGAUGACGAGGAGCAAAGUUCCAUCUAUUUGAUGAUGGGAAAGGUGUCAAAAGACGUUUUCGCUCUCGAUUUUCGGGGGCCGGUUCGCCUUUUUGAAGCCUUCGCCGUCGCUGCCGCAGCUAUGGCAAAAAAGCGAGCGGUUACGUAG